UUUCGGUUUGUUUAUGUGAAUAAAGCGUGUAUGGCGUUAUGAUUAUGAUAAUAAUGAAAUUAUUCAGAUUUUAAAAUUUAUUGUUUAAUGUUGAAAUAUCUGCAUUCAAAAAUGAAUUAAAAAAAUACAACAAUGAGUAGAUAGAUAGAAAGAUUCUUAAUUUCUAUUUUAAAAAGACCAAUCUUGUUAAAAAUAAAACAAAGUGGAAUUAAUUGGAUUUUCUUGAUGAAUUUUCGAAUUUAUUAAAUUAACGGAUAAAUGGAUGUAAAAGAUACACGACAAUUUUUAAGAAAAAAUAUGAUUUUAAAUAGAUAUUGUAGAUAUAUAUCGACACAUUUUCUGAAAUUGAUCGUAUUUCUUAUUCUAUUUGGUUUUAUAAUAGUUUCUAUAAAACAAAGUGGAUGCAUUACUAUAAAGAAAUAUGAAAUAAAUAUAAUUUUUAAUAAAACUUUACAAAAGGACAAUAUGAAUUAUAAAUCGAUCAAUGUUUCUACAAUAUUAUCUAAAAAUAAAAAUUUCAAACAUGAUAUAGUAUUUGAUAAUAAAACAUCUCAGUUUUCUAAAAUUGUACAAGAACAAUGCGACAAUAUUCCAGUUACAUUACGUUUUGAUUGUCAUCCAGAAGAUGGAGCAACAAAAUUAUCUUGUGCGAAUAGAGGUUGUUGUUGGAAUUCUUUCGAAAAACAAAUUCCAACCAUAAAACAAGCCUCUCUAAAUAUCCCAUAUUGUUAUUAUCCGAGCAAUUGGAGCAUAUAUAAAUAUGAAAAUUUUACUAUAGAUGGAAAUAAUUUUUCUGGAUUUCUCAAACAAAUGAAAAGAUCAUUCUAUGAAAAUGAUAUACCAUCUGUUAAGGUAGAAACAAGCGCUAUAGAUAAUUCUAUUUUACGUAUAAAAAUAUACGAUGCUUUUAAGAAACGUUAUGAACCACCAUGGCCUCUGAGAUCGGAUCCUAAACCAUUUAUUCAAAAAAAUAAUUAUGCAAAAUACAAAUUAAAUGUUGAUAAUAUUAAACCUGGUUUUAAAGUAUACAGAACUUUAGAUGAUACAAUAAUAUUUGAUUCUAUUAAUAUCGGAGGUUUUAUAUUUGCUGAGCAAUUUUUGCAAAUAAGCGCUCUUUUACCAAGUCAUAAUAUUUAUGGUAUUGGAGAACAUGAAACAAAAUUGAAAUUAAAUACUAAUUGGCAAUCUUUUACAUUAUUUAACAAAGAUCAACCACCGAUCGAAAAUGCAAAUUUAUAUGGAUCGCAUCCCUUUUAUUUAAUAAUUGAAAAUUCAGGAAAUUCUCAUGGAGUUCUAUUUCUUAAUAGUAAUGCUAUGGAUGUGAUAUUACAACCAUCACCUGCUAUUACCUUUCGAGCUAUUGGCGGUAUUUUUGAUAUAUAUUUUUUUUUGGGUCCAACUCCAGCAGAUGUCAUAAAACAAUAUUCUGAGAUAGUAGGUAAACCAUUUCUGCCCCCAUAUUGGUCCCUUGGUUUUCAUUUAUGCAGAUACGGAUAUGGAAGUUUAGAAAAGACAAAAGAAGUAUGGAAUAGAACUAUAGCAGCAGGAAUUCCAUUUGAUACUCAAUGGAACGAUUUAGAUUACAUGGAUAAGAAUAACGAUUUUACAUAUAAUUCAGACAGGUUUAAGGAUUUACCACAAUUUGUUAAUGAAAUACAUUCGAGAGGAAUGCAUUAUAUUCCGUUGAUUGAUGCAGGAGUAUCUGGUUCUGAAAAGAACGGAACUUAUUUGCCGUACGAUGAAGGUUUGAAAGAAGAUAUAUUUAUAAAAGAUGAAAAAGGUGAUCAACCAUUUGUUGGCAAAGUUUGGAAUCUAAUUUCUACUGUGUGGCCUGAUUUUACAAAUCCCAAAGCGCGAAAUUAUUAUUUUCGUAUGAUGAAUGAUAUGCAUAAUAAUUUUGCAUAUGAUGGUGCUUGGAUAGACAUGAACGAGCCUUCUAACUUUUAUAAUGGACAUAAAUAUGGAUGUUCACAAAAUAAAUUGGAUUAUCCUAAAUAUAUACCGCGUGUUAUUGGCAAUAUUCUAUCAACGAAAACAUUGUGCAUGAAUGCUAAACAUUAUUUGGGCUUUCAUUACGAUCUUCACAAUACUUAUGGCACAAGUCAAGCGAUAGCAACUAAUUAUGCAUUAACCAAUAUUAGACGAAAAAGACCAUUUAUAAUAUCACGUUCAACCUGGGUAGGACAUGGUUACUAUGCUGGUCAUUGGACAGGAGAUGUUUAUUCCUCGUGGCAUGAUUUAAAAAUGAGCAUUCCAGCAAUUUUGUUGAUGAACUUUUAUCAAAUACCAAUGGUUGGUGCUGACAUUUGUGGAUUCAAUGGAAAUACUACAACAAGUUUAUGCAAUCGUUGGAUGCAACUUGGUGCAUUUUAUCCUUUUUCUCGUAAUCAUAAUUCAGAUGAUACAAUUGAACAAGAUCCAGUUGCUAUGGGCGAUUUGGUAAUAAAAUCAUCCAAACGUGCCCUUACGAUACGUUAUUGGUUGUUACCGUAUUUGUAUACGUUAUUUUUUCGGGCACAUAAAUUUGGAGAAACUGUAGCGAGGCCAUUAUUUUUCGAAUUUCCUAACGAUUCGAUCACAUAUGAUAUCGAUGCUCAAUAUCUGUGGGGCAAUUCUUUGAUGAUAAUCCCAGUUUUAGAAGAAAACAAGACAGAAGUAAUUGCUUAUUUGCCACGUGGAUUAUGGUAUAAUUUUUAUACAAAAGAUUCUCUUUUCGCGCUCGGCAAAUAUUACACAUUGAAUGCACCACUCGAUGUCAUACCAUUAAUGAUUCGCGGAGGAUCUAUUUUGCCAGCACAAAAACCAGCCGAUACUACAACAGCUAGCAGAAAAAAUAAUUUUGAAUUAUUGAUUACAUUGGAUAAUGUAAAAAAGGCAAAAGGAGAAUUAUAUUGGGAUGAUGGUGAUAGUUUAGAUUCGUUCGAGAAGAGACAAUUUGUAUGGACAUUUUUCAAUAUUGAGAAUAAUACUUUAUCUAAUUCCAAAGCAAUGAAGAGUUAUUUCGAUGAGAAGAUUAUUUUAGAUAAAAUACAAAUAUGGGGAAUAACAUCUAAUAUUUCAAAAGUUUUUUUAAACGAUCACGAAAUACGAUUCGAAUAUAUCAAGAAGGAAAAUUGCUUAAAUAUAAAUAAUUUACGAGUGGAUUUGAGAGAAAAUUUUUCGCUUUCUUGGAGAUAUGAUGAAUUUUGAAUUAUAUGGUAACAACAAUAAAUAAUAAUAAUAAUUGUGUAAAAUAUAUAUUCGUUUGUAUCAUAUGUAUAAGAUUGUUGUUCUUAUAGAUAUAUAUAUAUACGUUUCGAUAUUACUUUUUAUCUAAUAUGUAAAUAUAUUUUUUACUUUUGUUAAAAUAAAUAUUUUCUUGAAUAAAGAAAAAAUAAAAUUUUUUUAAUUUUAUUCGAAUAAUUACUAUACAAUAAAGUAGGAUACACUUUAUAAACAAUAUAUAGUUUAUGGCACUAUAACGAAAAAGAAUAAUUAUAAAAUGAAAUCUUUUGAAAUAAUCUAUAUCUGAUUAUUAAUUUAAAAAAAAAAUAUUUAUAAUGAAAAUUUUAGUUUCAAUUUGUUUCUAAUCGGAACUAAUAACAAUAAAAAUAAUAACAAUACAGAUAAUCGGUUAUCACGUAACAUUGGCAAAUCAAAAUAAUCACUUUGGCAUUUCGUGGAACGUAUUGAAUAAAGAAAUUCAAGCAUUUAACAAAACAGCACCAUUGUUGAAACACAGAAAUCUUUACUUGAAUUCUACAUACGUAUCUAUAAACAUGCGGGCAUUCCUUUGACCUCGAUCUAUAUUCAGAGGUCUCUACGACCUUUAUUUGCAUUUCUACAGCAGACAAAAAAGUAGAUUUGAUCUUUGAAUAAAUUUCAAAGAGACACUGACAUAAUCGUCCCUGUCAUUAUAUCUCACACCAACCAUACUUAACAUAUAGUUGCUUGAAUUCUUAUAAAAGGUAUAACGGAUGAUUUUUUGAAAUUUUUUUUUCUCCCCAAGGAAUAUUUCAAUCAUCAUUCGUCAGAGAAUUAUUACAUUUUUUUACUUUUUUUUUUAUCAGCUCAUUUCAUUGUUUAAAA